AUGAAGAUCGUAUUCUGGUCUAUUUUUAUUCAAAUAGCUUGCCUUUUUUGGCAAAUCAAAGGACAAAUUGAAUGUGGAAGGCCCGGAGGGGAUUUUAACCGGACCAGAUUGUAAGUUUUGAAGGGUAAAGUAAAUUUUUUAUAGUUUAUUGAUUUUUCAAUGAAACUAAUGUAAUUUGGAACCUUUUUCAGAAUCCUACAGGAAGCAGAAUGCGUCAGAAAAUAGUAAGUCGAAAAAUUCGAAAAUUUCAAAAAUCAUAAAAUGACGUCAUCCGAUUAGCUUGAUAUUUUGAACCAAUAAUGAAUCUAACAAGGGCUCGGCAAAACCUUGUCCCCUGGUUUUUUCUUAAAACAUAUACGAUUUGAAAGAGCGUAAAAAACUGGUCUAGAAGCGACUUUUAUUAGCUGCUAUUAUUCACUUACGCGCUGGCUAGCGAGCAUUUUUUAGUUCUAGGCUAGUCUCACCCUUCUUUUGAGAAAACAAACGCGAUCGGUUUCAAAAGCAAAACGAAGCAGUGCUUCGGUGGCCUAGUGGGGAAAGGCGCUGCUCAAAAGGACCUGCGAAGCGGGUUCGAAUCCUCUUUUGGAUUUUUUUAUUUUUCUGGCUAGUAUGGAACAAAUAGAGUCAGAAAGUUGUGUUCAAUUUUUGACUAGACUUUUGUGUAUACUCAGGUCCAUUUUAAAAGAAAAAAACUACAACUUUUUCGUUUUUUUUAGUUUGGCAUCUUUGACCUUGUAGUGGGGCAUCCCGGUUGGUUGAAACUUUCGAAGGCUUUCAUAUUUUUACUAGAAAUGCCCGCUAACGGAAUGUACGUAAAAAUUGAGACUGAAAACAUCUUACAUGUUUGGAACAUCUUCCUUUGUCUUGAGUUACAGGACCUAAAACAUCGCGCAAUCACUCAUUGAGUGCAUCAACCUGAAUGUUUCAAACUCAGAAAACCUCUUGUAUUUUUUUGACAUAGUUUGAAGCGUUCAACCUCAUAAAUGACUAAUAUUUAUAUGAAAAGUGAUUAUUCGAUCCCGUUUGCCCCUCAGAAGCAAAGAGUUCCAAAAUCCAAUUUGGAAAUUUUAAAAAAUGCCCGCUAGCCAGCCCGUAGGUGGAUAAUAGCAGCUAAUUCAAGGUGAUCCUAGACCAGUUUUUUACGCUCUUUCGAAUGGUAUAUGUUUCAAGAUAAAACCAGGGGACGAGGUUUUGCCGAGCCCUUGUAAGACACUUUUCAAUUCCUGAAAAUUUCAUCUCGCGUUUUGCAAUGGAAUUCAAGAUAUUCAACGAUCUUUUCCGGCUAGAGAACACUGAAAAUGAGGAGAGCGGUCAGAGAGAAAAAUUUGCUUCUUACGUUUGCAAAAUUAGCUUGGAAAAAAGUAAUUCCCUUGUAGAAAAGCAGUUAUUUUUCUUUAAACCGGAGUCAAUUUUUUGUUUAUCUCGAAUUUUUGUUUUGGUAUGAGAUUUCUAAUCUGACCGUAAAGUACCCUAAAUUCAGCGCUCAGAUUUUGAUAAAACUGGGCACAAGUUGAGAGAAAUGUUUUGGAAGGUGUAUACGAGACUCCUAGCUCCUGCUUUACAGACACAACCGAGGUUUUUUUGGUCGAAGAUUGGCAAAAAAUAACAGUUUUUAGCGAAUUUUGGCACAUAAAGUUUCAUACGUAUUUCUACCGAAGAAGGCAUUUUUUCUACAAAAAAUAAUUUUUUUUCUGCGUAAAACUGGCAAAGAUACGACCAAAAGGAAUUUUCUCUCUGACCGCUCUCCGCGUUUCGCGUACUCUCUCGGCGACAAAGGAUGACUCAAUAUCUCGAUGGCGCUUGCAAAGCGCAAGUUAAAACUUUCAGCAAUUAGUAUGUGGCCUAUGCCUGAAGCGUGUGAAAAUUUAAAGAAAAUCUGAGCGUUUCACUUGGGUGCUUCCCUAAUGAGUUUCUGCUUAUUUUACCUUGACUUAUUGUAUACAAUUUUAGCACUCCACAACAAUGUUGGGUCUACGGAGUGAAGCCGCAAAUCAUGCGGGCGAAUGCGCUGAUCACUUUCAAAUUACGUAAGCUUCUCUUCAAAUCUCGACAUUUUCUUUUCUAUACAGCAAAAAUCUUUGGUUUUCAUACAUAUAUACAUAUGGUUUCUUUUGUCUAGAGCUGACUUUUGGGACCGCUGAAAUUGUUUGUUAUAGACAGUCUUUGCUCUAUGGCAGUCUUUGUGCAGAGGUUUCAUUGUAAUUGGGGUUUUUAACAAGGACUUUUUUUGUCACUGUGAGACUUUCUUUAUAUGUAUACAUAUAUGUAUAUCUGUGCAUACAUAUAUGUAUAUCUCCCCUAUUAUCCCCAUGCCUUUCAGUUCCAAACCUAGUCUCCCCUUUCACUGGAUGCAUCGUGGAGAAGAUGAGCCAAAUGAAGCCGGACUUCUUGAUGAAUUUCAAUUACACUUCGCUGGACGUGCACAAGGACAAUUGCAUCACAAAGGCUCAAGCUUGUCAGUAAGUUCUUGAAUUUUUGUUUAAAAAAUGAUGACUUUAUUAUUAUAUUAUAAUAACAGGGGAUACUCUAAGUGUAGCGUUCUGAUUUUGAUAGAACUUGGUUCAAAUUUAGGGUAAUUUUUUUGAAGACAUAUACGAGACUACUAGCUUGCCCUUUUCAGAAACGACCGAGGUUUUUUACUCAAAACGUUUAAAAAUUUUUACAUUUUUUUGCAAAUUCUGGCAUGAAAAGUUUCAUAGCUAUUUCUACCGUACAGACGAAUAUUUCCACAAAAAAUCAAUUUUUUCCGCGCGAAACUAGCAAAGUUAUUGCCAAAAAAGUGUUUUUUCUCUGACCGCCCUCCUCAUUUCGCACUCUCGGCCAAAAAGAUUGUUCAAUAUCUCGGCUGCACCUGCAAAGAGCGAGUUAAAACUUUCAGUAAUUUAUGUGUUUCCUAUUCCAGAAAUAUGUGCAAAGUUUAUCGAAAAUCUGAGCGUCGCAAUUAAAGCCUUCAUUUUAUCUCAAAAUUUGAUGAUUUUAUUCAAAAAACAACAAAAUUUCAUCGAUUACUCUUCCAAUUUUGCUUUAUUCCAUUUGCUGUCGUCGGUUUUUGCCACCAUCAACACCCACGCCUUCCCCGAGUACAGGAUCAUGCAGAGGUUGGGGUUCUGUAGUCGGGCGUUGGCCGCGUGUCCCCAGCCCCCUCCCAGGAUCUGAAUGAACGACGCCUCGGAGCGGGCGUAUUGCGACGCGAAAAUGUUCCAUUGUCCUCUUCGAUACAAGCGCAGAGCAUCCUGCACACGUUCGUAGACCUCGACAAUCGAAUUCGAUUGGCGCAUUAUGUCGGUGCUUAUCGCGUAGAGGUCUUCGUCGCCGCAGUGCCAUUCUGAAAGGAUAUAUAGAGCUGGGAGAAUUCGUCGAUGUUUUAAAUAUUAAAAAAUAGCGCCCGUUUACAGUGGCGGACCUGAUGCAGUGGCAAAAAACGUGAUAUUUUGCAUCCGGGAAGUAUCAAAAAUGUGGCAAAAUGCCUCCCUCUAGAAGUGGAAAAAGCACCGUUUUUAAAAGCGCAUCCGUUUUUACUGUGACGGACCUGAUGCAGUGGCAAAAAACGUGAUAUUUUGCAUCCGGGAAGUAUCAAAAAUGUGGCAAAAUACCUCCCUCUCCAAGUGAAAAAACAAAAACUUCGUUUUGAAGGGCUUCACAAAAAGAGCGGAUGCGCUUUUGAAAUCGGAGUUUUUUCACUUGGAGAGGGAGGUAUUUUACACAUUUUUUUGAUACUUCCAGGGUACAAAAUGGCACAUUUUUUGCCACUGGAUCAAGUACCCCCGCUGUUUUUGGAAAAACCUCAUUUUCGUCAAAAACAGGUCAAAUUCUGAAGAAAAUUGCUCAGUCGUGUCUCACACACUGCUUCAUAAGCCAUAACCGUUCUUUAAAAUGCUGUUUUAGCAACCAUUAACUAUAGUAUUUAACUUGAAACGACACUUUUGACCAAAAAAUCAGUAAAAAAUGGGAAUUUCCCGUCUCUAACCUAAAUUUUCAAAUUGAAAAUCCAAUCGAAACCCAUAUCCUUAUUGCGUAACUGACAAGGAAGGUACCCCAAGUGCGACGCUCAGUUUUUUAAAAAUUUUGCAUUCAAGUCGAGCAUAGGCCAAACAUCAAUUCCUGAAAGUUUUAGCUCGCUGAUUGGACGGGCCACUGAGAGAUUGAACAAUCUUGCUGAGAGAGUACGCGAAAUGCGGAGAGCGGUCAGAGAGGAAACUCUUUUUGACCGUAUCUUUGCCAGUUUCGCGCGGAAAAAAAUGAUUUUUUGUGGAAACAUUACCCUCUACGGUAGAAAUAGGUACGAAACUUUUUGUUCCGAAAUUCGCAGAAAAUUUUCACAUUCUUCCAACUUUUCGGUCUAAAAAUCUCGGCCGUUUCUGCAAAGCGCGAGCCAGAAUUCUGGCAUAUUGUUCAGUAAAAAUUAUUCUAAAUUUGUGCCAAGUUUCAUCAAAAUCUGAGCGUCGCACUUGGGGUACUUCCCCUGUGAAAAGCAAGUGUCUCUUGCUGAAAAAAUAAUUUGAUUCCUCACUUGUAGGUACCCCAAUUUUUCAAGAAUCUAAAGUUUUAAAAAGUAAAAAAAUUUUUUGCCGACAUUUAAAACCUCAUAAUUUUUUCACUUGCUUACCUCUGAACCUAGAGAUUUCAUUCGAGCCAACAAGCACAAUUAGAGCGACACAGACAAUGGCUUUCAUAAUUAAGCCAAAGUUUUGUCAUCUUUUCACACCUCCGAACAAGUGGGUCAUGAUAAGAAGGCUAUAAAACUUCGGAACUAAAACAAUCUGUUUUUUUCACUUUGAUUUGUGAAAGGAGUGGCUAACAAGGGAAGUCACUUAAGUCACGGAUCGAUUUUGUAAAACGACUGUUACAGCGAUGGGGAGGGUAGGAAGGAGAUAUCAAAUCUGAAAACCGUUACCUCCACCGGCCUUUGGGAGCCGAGAUAAUCGACCAAAAAGUUUGCCCAAAUUCCUCCGAACAUUUCUUCCUUUCGAAAGAAGAAAAGCCAGCGAACCGAAUGGUCCGGUGGUCUGGAAGCGCGCUUCCGGGCCUUCACCUUUUCAGGUUCGAAUCCGCGCGGGUCUCGAGCUUGCGAAAAUUUUAUAAAACAAUUGCUGUAAUCCAGUAAGUUUUCUAGCAAUUUAUUUUUAUAUUUUAUGUCUAUUUUACGGUAAAUUUUCAACCUUGAAAAUCCAAAUCGUUUGGAACUCGCAUUCAAAUUAUUACUCUGAAAUUUUAUUGUCAAAUAUGCUAAAAACCAAAAAUUUUAUCGUACCAGUAAAUUUACUGGAUUACAGGAAAAGUUCAAUAAAUAUUUGACCCAUGCGGAUUCGAACCUGAAAAGGUCAAGGCCCGGAAGCGCGCUUCCAGACCACCGGACCAUUCGGUUCUCUUCCCUCCUUCUUUCGGAACAGAGGACUAUUCGCAGCAACUUUUUUUGGUUAAACCUUUUUGGUCGAUUAUCUCGGCUCCCAGAAGCCGGUGGAGGUAGCGGUUUUCAGAUUUGAUAUCUCCGUCUUACCCUCCCCAUCGCUGUAACAGUCGUUUUUAAAAAUCGAUCCGUGACUUAAGUGACUUCCCUUGUAAGGGUCAAAACGCAAAAAAAAUGAGAGUUAAAAAUCUGCAUGAUUUUUUCACAAGGAAAGUACUUCUAUGGGGUAUGGAGUUACAGGUCGAGACAUAUACUAGUCGCGGCAAAAAGUCUUUGGAAUUUUCUGCGACUCUGCACGGUGCAUGAACCCGAAAAGUGCUUUUGCACCGUGCGAAUUCGUUGAUUUUGCCUUAUUGUCGCGCGCGAUUCCCAUUUUUCUCAGCGACAAAUUGACAUUUCGGGGUGCGGCGGGAUUUGGGGGCCGCGAAAAAUUCUAAGGACUUUUUGCCGCGACUAGUAUCAAAAGAAUUGCAAUUUUUUUCUGAUUCAGAAUAUGUAAAAAUUAGCUGCCAAAUUUUGGUUUGUAAGGGCGAAAAAACCCUCAAACUUUUCUCGCAACACCACGCAAAUGCCCCUUUUUUAUAUUGGCAGUGCUAUAUAAAUAAGGGGCUAUAAGGUGUAGUAUUAAUCAAAUUCGAUAUUGUAAGGCUUGUCAAGACGCCAGGGUUUACUUUAGCUUAAAACAAAGGUUUUGAAUUGGUAAAAACUUGGUCAAAAAGUCAUUUGCGUGGUGUUGCGAGAAAAGUUCCGAUGGUUUUUUCACCCUUAAAAACCAAAAUCGGGCAGCUAAUUUUUACAUAUUCUGAAUCAGCAAAAUUUUACGAUUUUUUUGAUAUAUGUAUCGACCUGCAACUCCAUACCUCAUAAAAGUACUUUCCGUGACAAAAAAAUUUUUUUUUGGAUAUUCGAAAUUUUAAAAAUUCUCUUUUUUUUCAGUUUUCUCAAAGACUAUCUCGUUCCCAUGACAUGUCUGAUCCGAAGAGACUGCAAUAAAGUUCUCUCCGACGCCUUAUACGCCUUCCAAUAUGGGGAUUUAAUGCUGGCUGUGGAAACCACCAAGACCCUCAAGUAAGUCAUCGUUACAAACACUGCUGAUCAGUCAAGUUCUCGAACUGUGAGGUUCAGAUUUCGAUGGAACUUGGCGCAAAAUUUAUGUAAAAGUUUUCCAUGACAUAUGUGAGAUUCUUAGCUUUUUGAUUUGCAGAAACGACAGAGAUUUUUUUGGAUCUAAAGCUGGGGAAAAAUCGAAAAAUUUUUUAGCGAGUUGAAAAUGUAGAAAAUUGGCAUUUCAUCUCAUAAAAUAUUUACAUAAAAAAUCAAUUUUUUUCCGCGCGAAAUUGACAGAAAAUAGACAAAAAAUAUUUUUUUCUCUGAUCACUCUCCUCAUUUUCCGUACUCUCUCGAAAAAAAAUUGUUGAAUAUCUCGGCUUUCCAAGUAUAGUUUUGAGAUAAACUUUAAACUUUUUAUGGAUCCAAACGUGGCCUAGGAAGAUUAUUCUUACAUAAUUUGAAAAAAAAUGCGAGGCUAAAUUUGAUGAGGUACCAAAAUGCAAAAAAAUUUUUAACGAAUUUAAAGGCAAAAAAUAAGGCAUUCCAUUCCGUAUGAGCCAUAAAAUACUUUCUCAAAAAAUCAAUAUUUUCCGUUUGAAAUUCGCGAAGAUAUGGGCUAAAAACGGGUUUUUUCUCUGGCCACUCUCCGCAUUUUCCGUACUCUCUCGAACAAAAGAUUCAUUAAUAUCUCGGCUCUCGUUGCAAAGCAUGAGCUGAAAUUUUCAGACCUUGAGACGUCAUGCAAACAAAAUAUCUUAAAGAAAUUUGAGGGAGCUUCUACAGUACCUCAUUCAGAAAAUCGCAUUCGAAAAAAAUUAAAAUUUAUUUUUAAAAAUACCCCUUAUUUUUGAAUUUUUAGAUGUUACAACUCCACUCAAUUUGACAUCCAAUCCAAUUUCUUCAACCUCUUCACCCUGGCCAACGGCCUCAACGUUGUUCCGCCCGCCCUUUGUUCCGGGAUUGAGCUUCCCAUAGACGCGGAUGAGGAGGAAGACCCCGAAGAAAUGGAGGAUUACGCGGAUGAUCGAAGAAAAAAGGGCAAGAAAAAAGAGAAACCAGAGUGA